UUCGUGUCGCAAGGGUGCGAGUAUAUCAUGUGAAUUUUGGAUCCACAGGUUAGCAUCUAUACUUUUAGUUGUUCAGCCUCUACGAGAAAGGUUGCCGAAAUAUUAACAAGCAAACAUUGCCAUCGCUUUCACGGCUUUAAGAUUGCAGUCACCAUUUCCCACAGCGGCACCGACUGGCCCGUUUCCAUAACGACGGUGGCAAGUUAGUAAACAAACCGAAUUCCUCGGUCAUAGCACCGGCUGCAUCGGCCAUCGCCAGGUCGGUAGCGACAAGCGGUGCGGUGAGUUGUUGGCGCACAUGACAGGUUAAUUUAAAGUGCACCAGGGACCGGAGGUAAGCUUGUUCUGUGGUGGAUAACGAUGUGGUGCUUCCGCAGUCCAGUUCUUCUGUUUGGGCGGUUAGUUGGUCGGUAGGGAGUUCGGCUAGCUAACACAAAACAAACAGGAAUUUGCAAGUGGUGUGAAAAGAACUAGGUGAAAAUGAGCAAGGACAGCAGAAAAAAGUUCAUUUUGACAACGACCGCGAACUAUUUUGGAAUCAACCCGUCUGACAAGGGUAUUGAAUCCCUAACAGAGAGUCAAGAGUUGAACAGCUUUCUCGACGAUGGCAACUGCUUCGUUCUGAUAGCGUGUGGAGAAAGUAAGGACGGGAAAAGUGAAGUGCAUCUUAGCAACAAAGUAGACUUAGGCAAGAAAGAUGACAAAGUAAUCGUGUUCUUCAAAGUCAAGCCGGAGCCGAUUACGCCAGAUAAUCUGCAUACAAACGUCUUCAUAUCGUCCAUGCUGGACUCGCCCAUCAGUGCCCUAUUCUACUCCCUCCAAAAGGUGUAUGCUCCAGCGCUUUUGCAAAAUGACAAAUGGAGCGAUAAGGUGGAUCCAAAAAUACAAGACCUCCUAUCCAAUUUGCAAGCGGGCCUCGGAACCCUUAUACGACGCUCUGAUUCCAAGCAAAGCAAGGAAUCUGACGACUCUAUGAGCACCAUCUUCACGCCGUCUGACGAGUACGAGUACUGGCUGCAAAUGGCAGAUUCCAGCGGCAGAUCUGGGGCUGUUUUCUCCAACCUACUGAGGCCACUUGACCUUGCAUUCAAGAAGUUGGAUUCCAUGAAGAUCGGAGAAAGUGAAGAUGUUGUAGAGGAAGCAUUCAACGAUCUCGACGACCUGUGGAAAGCGGAAGAAGCUGAGUAUCCAGAAGCUCGAAUGAAGCUGAUGAUGGACGUUAUCGGCAACACUCUGUGCCGUUUCAUUCAAUCCCGGUUGGCGGACGUUGACCUUUGGAAAGGUACGUACAGCCAGGUGGAGGAACAACUGAACCAGGCUGUGACUGUCCUUGAGCAGUGGAUCGAUAAUUGUAACCGAUUGACCACUGUAUUUUGGCCCAACUACUUCGCGCACAAGUGGAAGAGUCCGGCUUUCGUACCAGAACACGCAAAGAGCAUGGUACAGCGACUCAAUGAAGUGAUGAAUCUGAGGAUGCUACACAAGCAGCUGACAAAGCUCCUGUCAACUACUGAGCAAGAGGAGCUGAAGACAAAAGAUGCUUUCGUGCCUUUUGCGGGGCUAAACCCGUUGCAGUACAACCCAUACACGGACCCAUUGUGGAAGGCUGCAGUCCAGCAGUUCCAGAACCUGUUAAAGCCAGCUGAACAAAAGAUCGCCGGCAAACUACGCAUGCAGCUGCGUAACAUGCAGGGGAACGCCCUUCAGCUGAUGCAAGAGUUCAAAAGGUAUCGUGAACUCAUCAAGGAAGAAAGCAUACGCAAGGAACUGAUAGCGGAGCGUGAAAUGCUUUUAGGUCAGCUGCUAGAGUUCGUCAAAACGACACAGCAGAACUUUCGCAACCAACAGGGAACGGGACCACGUAAAAUACUGGAUGUUCCGCAGGUCGUGAAUAACAUCUACUGGGCUCGGCACAUCGAAUCAAAAGCCAAAGACAUAGAAAAAACUGGCGAUGCUUUGUUGUCGGACCUUAACGGAUACAGCGGUCUGAAAAAGGACACCACUCAGCUUCUCGACGAGCUGCAGGAGUACCACCGGGAACAGUUUGAUUCUUGGAGCAAAGACACCAUGGAAAUGAUCAAAGACAAGACUCUCAGCCUGGCAACCGAAGAGCAGGUGGUUGAAUUCGAAAGAGGGAAGCACAUGAAGGUAAAUUACAACCGGCGACUGGUGGGGCUCAUCCGAGAAGUCAGACAGCUGAUUGUUCUUGGAUACUCGAUACCAUCAAGGAUCAUCGAAGCAACUAAUCUGGCCAAAAAGUUCAUGACCCAGGCCAAGGCUCUCGAACAAGUCGCAAACUUCCACAACACCAUUGGUGAUCGCAUCAUCAAGUCCCAGCGCCCGAUGAUGCUGGAGGCAGCCAUGGCCUUUGCACAGCUCGUCCAAAAACAGCAAGGAAUUACUUGGAAUAACACACAGGCCGUAGACGAAUACAUCAUCAAGCUCCAGGCUGCAGUGGAAAUGCUGUCGAGGAACAACAAUCGGUUAGUCACGGCCCACAACCAAAUCAAGGAAAAAGUUCUCCUGAUGAUGGACACAGAUUUACUCCGACAGCAGCAAAAGUGGAAGGACCUGCUUAAAGAGAUCCGAGGCAUCUUUCAACAACUUGAAUCUGCGGACUUCAAGGACCAGAAAACGUGGCGGGCACACUGGGACAGGCAGAUCUACAAAGCUCUUGAGCACCAGUAUCAACAUGGCUUAGAAGUGGUAAACCAGCAUCUGCCUGAGCUCAAAGUAGAGCUUGUCUACAGAAACAGGAAGCUUCAGUUUGCGCCACCCAUCGAAGAGAUCCGACUGAAGUACUACAGUCAGCUGAAGCGUUUCCUAAACAUACCAAACAACUUCCGCGGUGUCGGAGAGGGCGGACCGGAGGCCAGCAUCUACCCAAUCAUCAUCGAAAGAAACGCCUUUCGGUACAACAAGCUGUUUCAUGCCGCUGAAGAGCUGUUCCAACGGCUGGAGUCAGUCAAGGACAAGUUCGAGGACUGGGUAGCACUGGGCUCAGUGGACAUGGAUGACCUGAUUCAAAAAAGAUGUAAGACGUCAGAGGACUAUGACAAAAACUUCAGAGCGUCGAAGAGCAAGGGGCAGGAAAUCGGAAGGCUUCCGAGCACUGAGGAAAAAAUUGACUGCAUCACCGUCAGCUUCUCUGCUAUCAGGUCAGAAAUAGAGAUCAUUAAUAGGCGGUACUGGGAUGCUCUCGUCUCGUUGCUGCAACACAGCAUCAUCAAAGACUGUCAUGCUCUCAACAGAUUCGCCACAGACUCAUCGGAGGGCUUGAAAAGACAGCCACAGACCAUCGACGAGGUAGGAGAGUCUGCAGCCAGGAGAAACGAGAUCAUGACCGAAAUGCCCGAGUACGAGAUACUCAUGAAAGAUGUAGAAAAGCGGAACAGAAUGCUGGCGAACUGGACGAAGGAAAAAGUAGACCAGGUGGCCAAGGUCAGCUCAAAGUGGGAUAACUUCCAGAGCUUGGUCUCGAACUAUGACGCGCUCAUGUCCAAGCAGAUUGAGGCGCUGAAAUCGAACAUGAAAUCUCAGGCCAAAAACCACCUGAAGGAGGUGGAAAGGUUUGCAGCCAAGUGGCAUCAGUUCAAGCCAAAAGACGACGUCUUCGAUCGCGACACAGAAGAAAUCCUCAAAAGCUUGGAAAUUGUGAAGGAAAAGAAACGAGAAUGGGACGUCCUAGCUGAGGAAAGGGAUAAACUGAUGGCCGGCUUUGAACAGUUCGGCAUGGACAAGCCUGAUAUGAGUGAGGUUGAGAAGGUAGAAAAGAGCUUGCUGGAUGCUGAGGCAUCGUUUUCACUCUUUGAAGAGUACCACAAUGGGAUGAACGACAUGCUCAAAGAAGAGUGGAUUGUUUUCCGGAGUAAACUGUAUCGCUUUGAGGAGUAUCUUGCACAGUGGAACGACAAGCUUCAAGAAGAACAGAAAAACCCGCUGGCGGUUAAGCUACUAAAGGAGAUUGAGAAGGAUUAUGAGCUAGUGCCGGCUCUUAAAUUUGUGCGGGGUGACGCUUUCAGUGAGAAGCACUGGAACGAAAUGUACAGCCUGUUGGGUAUUCCCACGUCACUGGGCAUUGAUAAACUCACUUUCGGCGACCUCAUGAGAGUCAAGCCGAAAAUUUUGGAAAAUAAGGAAGCCCUGAAGGAGCUGAACGGGCGGGCGACGGGAGAAGUAGCCAUACGACAGGCACUGCAAGAGCUAGAUGCCUGGGAAAUCGAGUCGAAGUUCACACUGGUAGAACAGAACGAUUCUGGAAACAGACCAAUCAAGCUGAUCAAAGACUGGAAGGAUCUACUGAACAAGGUUGGCGACCUUCAGUGCCUCCUUCAGUCCCUCAAGGAUUCACCAUAUUACCAGGCGUUCUUGGAUCGUGCAGGAAUCUGGGAACGUCGACUGGCAGAUCUAGAUGAGUACUUGGCAAAUCUGAAUCAGAUACAGCGGAAGUGGGUGUACCUAGAGCCUAUCUUUGGAAGAGGGGCUCUGCCCAAGGAGCAGUCACGCUUCAAACGAGUCAAUGAUGACUUCAGGUCGAUCAUGGGAGACGUAGCGAAAGACCCACGUGUUGUUUCUCUAUGCAAGAUAGCAGGACUCAGGGAGACCUUAAAUACCAUGAUGGAUCAACUGGGGCGCUGUCAAAAGAGUCUGAGUGAGUUUUUGGAGGAGAAACGGUCCCAGUUCCCUCGUUUCUACUUCAUUGGAGAUGAUGACCUACUGGAAAUUCUGGGCCAGGCUACAAACCCGACCAUUAUUCAGUCACACCUAAAGAAGCUUUUCGCGGGCAUAUACCGCGUCGACUUUGAUGACAGUAACUCCAGCAUUGUUGCGAUGAAGUCACUGCAGGGAGAGGUCGUGAAAUUAAAGAGGCCCGUUCAUAUCACGAAAAAUGUGGAGGGCUGGCUUCAAGAGCUUGCCAAUGAAAUGAAAAGCACCUUGAAGACCUUGCUGGUCGAGUGCAUGAAAGAAUCGCAAGGCAAAGGUCCAGAUCCACUGGUGUACCCGAGCCAAAUUUUAUGCCUGUCAGAGGGUAUCAUGUUCACGGAAAAAUGUGAGAAAGCCAUAGAAAAGGGCACACUAAAAGACGCACUCAGUGAAAUGAAGGCUCAGUUGGAGAGCUACACCAGUCAAGACAUCGACACGAGUGACGAAGAGGGGAAGGUUCUGGAGCUCAAACUGAAGUCGCUCAUCUUGGACACGAUUCACAACAUUAGCGUUGUCGAAGAUCUGAUAGCGUCAUCCGCCAAGGCACUGGACAGCUGGACGUGGCAAAAGCAGCUGAGAUACUACAUGCGCAAGGACGGUGUGGCAGUUGUGCGAAUGGUCGACGCUGAAUUUGAAUACACAUACGAGUACCAGGGCAACGCGUCCAAGCUCGUGCACACACCUCUCACGGACAAAUGUUACUUGACGCUCACCCAGGCCAUGCAUAUGGGCAUGGGAGGGAACCCAUACGGCCCAGCUGGUACGGGAAAGACAGAGUCAGUUAAGGCGAUGGGGAACCUGUUUGGCAGACAGGUCCUGGUGUUUAAUUGUGACGAAGGUAUUGAUGUGCAGUCCAUGGGCCGCAUAUUCAUAGGUCUCGUGAAGUGUGGAGCAUGGGGAUGCUUCGACGAAUUCAAUCGGUUGGACGAAGCCGUGCUCUCUGCCGUUUCCAUGCAAAUCCAGGUCAUCCAGGCGGCCCUGAAGAGCAAGGAGCCCAAAAUUCAACUGCUCGGAAAUGAGAUAGACAUUGAUUACAACUCGGGCAUCUUCAUCACUAUGAAUCCCGCUGGCAAAGGGUACGGCGGCCGCUCCAAGUUGCCGGACAACCUGAAACAGCUCUUCCGCCCAGUGGCAAUGACUACCCCGGACAACGAGCUCAUCACAGAAACUAUUUUGUACUCAGAAGGGUUCAAACAUGCAAAAUCCCUGGGUAAAAAGCUGACUGCAGUAUUCAAUCUCUCAAAACAACUGUUGUCUGCGCAACAGCACUAUGACUGGGGGUUGAGAGCCCAGAAGACUGUUCUAGGUGGUUGUGGAAACCUCCUUACAUUGCACAAAGCGACCUUGAAGGAGGGUGGAACAGUGGAUGAGGAAACAGAAGCCAAACUAAUCGUGCAAGCAGUACGUUUGAACACCAUGUCAAAGUUGACAUUUGCGGACACCCACCGGUUUGACUCCCUCAUCAAGGACGUCUUCACUGGCAUUGCCGUGGAUGAUGUCAGCUAUGAUGAGCUGGUGAGUGCAAUCAAAGAGACGCUGAAAGAGCUGGGCCUCAUGGAGAGUCAAACACAAAUCAAAAAGGCCAUCGAGCUGUACGAACAGCUAAACCAAAGGAUGGGGUGUGUUGUCGUUGGCCCAAGCGGCUGUGGGAAGACCACGCUGUGGAAGGUUUUGAGGCUGGCCAUGAUCAAAACAGGACGGACGGUGAAGAUACAUACCAUGAAUCCUAAGGCCAUGCCUCGCACUCAGCUCCUAGGUCACAUUGACAUGGACACAAGAGAAUGGUUCGAUGGUGUGCUGACAAACAGUGCUCGCCUAGUGGUCAAGGAACCAAAGGAAGUGCAAUCGUGGAUCAUAUGUGACGGUGAUAUCGACCCAGAGUGGAUUGAGUCGCUGAACUCCGUGCUGGACGACAACCGUCUGCUAACCAUGCCGUCUGGCGAGCGCAUCCAAUUCGCACCCAAUGUCAAUUUCCUCUUCGAGACGCACGAUCUGAGCUGCGCCUCACCUGCAACGAUCUCGCGCAUGGGGAUGAUAUUCCUGAGUGACGAAAACACAGAUGUGGACGCUGUUGUGUCGGCUUGGGUAGAGCGGCAGCCGGAGGCGCGACGAAAGGUAUUAGCAGGGCUCAUAGAAGAACACUUCCACAAUGCCCUGGAGUGGGUACUCGACGCAGACUCCAUGGAGACGGAAACGACCUUGAUCGGCACAGUCAUGAACGGACUAUCGCACCUGUCGCACGCAAAAAGUAAGACAAGCUUCGGUGUGGCGCUCAUUCAUGGAUUGGGUGGCAACCUGACGAAGGACGCCAGGGCAAAGUUUGCGAAAGAGAUAUUUACCUGGGUUGGAGAAUCCCCUCCUGAUGGGAGCAACCCCCUGAACUUCCACUACAACGAACGAAAGGACCACCUGGAGACCUACGGUACGAGUCAAGAGUCAAAGGUGACUGUAGACUCCCUUUUCUCUUCGGACCCGCCGCUGAUCCUCACGCCAGACGUGCAGUGCACGCUGGAUUACUUUAGACCCUGGCUGGAAGGCGAGCAACGAGAACCGUUCCUCAUGGUUGGCCCUGAGGGCAGUGGAAAGACUCAAAUGCUCUACCAGUGUUUCAAGAAGUUGAAGUCCACUCAAGUAGCGACUGUACACUGCAGUGCCCAGACGACUCCACAGCACAUUCUGCAGAAACUAUCCCAAGUCUGCAUUCAGAUAACAACUAACACAGGAAGAGUCUACCGACCGAAGGAAAGCGAAUGGCUUGUGCUCUACCUGAAGGACAUCAAUUUGCCGAAGCCCGACAAGUGGGGCACAUGUCAGCUGAUCGCAUUCCUGCAGCAGGUGGUCACCUACAAUGGUUUCUGGGACCAGAGUUUGGAGUGGGUGGGCUUGGAGCACGUCCAGAUCGUGGGCAGCAUGAUCGGCGGGAAGGCCCUGGGCAGACAUGAGCUAUCCACGCGCUUCACGUCCAUUGUUCGCCUUUUGUCAGUUGACUACCCCGAACUAGACCAAGUGCAGAGCAUCUACGCGGCCUAUCUGACGCCAAUCUUGAACGGGAUGUCCGGCAACGUGGGCGAGGCAUGGUCAGCAAAGGUAGGGCAGCUGGCCGAGUCCACGCUCAAGGUGUACCAGCAGGUGCAGUCCUCUUUCAGCGCCGAUGACCAGAGCCAUUAUGUGUUCUCUAUGCGCAACCUCACAGAUUGGCUUCUCAGCCUGAUCAGGUACGACGUUGAAGAGGAGAACGUUGUCGAGUCGGUUCUAGAGGCCUGGGCAUACGAAGCCUGCCGUCUCUUCAGGGACCGUCUUGUCACAGACGUCGACCAGUCCAAGUUCGACAAGAUUUUGUACGAUGUCAUCUCCACCGACUGGGGAGUUAAUUUACAUGGUCACAUGGAUGGAAAGUUCUUCGUAACACCAGGUGCACGAGCCGAAGCACAGACCGCGCCAGGUCGGCCCCCGCCCAUUACUGGCAAGCACCUGGGCAGCCUCGAACCAGACGACUGGCAGGCGUGCAUUAUGAAGGGCGCUCAUCAUUUCGUGGCAGAACAGUACGAUCUGGACAUGUUUGUCUUCCGGGAGGUGCUGGAGACCAUCGCAAGAGUGGAGCGCGUACUUUCGAGUCCCGGUGGCUCACUGCUCAUGGCAGGGCGAUCCGGCGUUGGACGGAGGACGGCUGUAGGUAUCGCAGCCUGCAUGCUCGGAGCAAAGCAGGUCUCGCCGAAAAUGGGGAAGGGUUAUGGUGAGAAGCAGUUCCGUAACGACCUGAAGUCGUAUAUGCAGAUGGCGGCCAUCGACAACGAUCAAGUGGUCUUCAUUCUGGAGGAUCAUCAAGUGAUCGAUCCCUCUUUUCUGGAGAUGGUGAACUCCUUGCUGUGUGCAGGUGAGAUCCCCGGGCUGUUCGCACCGGAAGAGAUUGAGCCCAUGGUUUCGCCACUUCGGGACGAUGCCUCUCAGGAAGGGUUCAGAGGACCUCUGUUCUCCUUUUUCUCUUCUCGAGUGAAAAAGAAUCUACAUGUCGCCAUAAUCAUGGACUUCACAAACCCUACGUUUGUCGUGAACUGCCAGAGCAACCCAGCGCUGAUCAAGGAGUGCAACGUCUUGUGGAUGAGUAAGUGGAGCAAAGAGAGCAUGACCUCGCUACCGAUGAUGGUCAUUGCCAAGAGCAAAGACAUGGGAGACGCGGCUGGCGUGUUCGUGCAAGAAAAGAAAAAGAAAAAGGACAAGAGGGAGCGACGGGUUUCCGGUGGCGACGAACUUCUGAACGGGUUCUUGACCAUCCAUCAGUCCAUGCCGGGACCAGCUGCAACGCCUCGGAAGUACAUGCAGCUGAUGAAGACUUACCUGAAGGUCUACAAGCACAAGAAAGAGGUGAUCCUGGACAGACAGCAACACUUGAAGGGCGGCGUGGACAAGCUGAAUGAAGCAACAGCCGUUGUUGACAAGCUGAAAAAGGAGGCCGGUGAACAGGAAGUAAAGCUGAACCAAAAGCAGGGAGAAGCGAACAAAGCUCUGAAAAUGAUAACAAACACUAUGAAAUCUGCGAGCAAGCAGAAAGAGGAGAUGGAGGCAUUGAAAGACAAAGCAGAAAAAGAAAGUGUCAAGAUGCAGAAGCGCAAGGUGGGCAUUGACAAAGAGCUCGCAGAAGUCGAGCCAGUGCUCGCAGAAGCGAGAAAGGCCGUGGGUAAUAUCAAACCAGAGUCCCUGUCAGAGGUGAGAUCCCUGCGGGCUCCUCCAGACGUGAUUCGCGACAUUCUCGAGGGAGUCAUGGGUCUCCUGGGCAUAGGAGACACGUCCUGGAACAGCAUGAAGAGCUUUUUAGCUCAGAGGGGAAUCAAAGAGGACAUCAUGAAGUUUGAUGCUCACAGCAUAUCCGUUCCACAGCGCAAGAAAGUGGAAAAAAUACUGAAGGAUAGAGGAAAGAGUUUUGAGCCAGCCACCGCGAAGCGAGCGUCACAGGCAGCCGCCCCCCUUGCGUCUUGGGUGAGGGCUAACGUCACGUAUGCAGUCAUCUUGGAGAAGAUCAAACCGCUGGAGGACGAACAGAACUCCCUGCAGAAAAACAUCCACGAGGCUCAGGAGGCUAUGGAUCGUCUGGGUGAUGACCUCGGUAACGUGGAGAAGCACGUAGAAAAACUAACACAACAGCUGAACAAGUCAACCAAAGAAGCUGCUACUAUCGAGGUCGGUCUGACCAACGCCAAAGAGACUCUGACCGCAGCCGAAAACUUGGUCGGGCAGCUAUCAGGCGAAUACAAGCGAUGGACACAUCAGCUCGAGGAGCUUCAGCAUGAGCUUGAAACACUCCCAUUGAGGUCGUUGCUGGCCGCUGCCUUCAUCAAUUACCUCUCCGAUGCAUCAGAGGACGUGCGUGAGGCAAAAAUGCACCAGUGGUGUGAGAUGUUGGGCCUCAAGGGCUUUGAAUUCCGCCGACACAUGAGCUCUGAGAGGGAAAUGCUGACUUGGAAGGGCGAAGGCCUGCCAUCUGACGACCUUAGCGUGGAGAAUGGCGUCGUCGUCAUGCACAGUUCCACAGUAAUGUUCCUCAUCGAUCCAUCCUCACGCGCCAUUGAGUGGCUGAAGACGCACUUGAAAGACUCAGCUGGAGUGGAGGUGGUCACACAACAGGAGGAAAAGUUUGCUACUCAACUGGAGAUGGCUGUGCGGUUUGGGAAGACACUCAUCAUUCAGGAAGUGGACCACUUCGAACCCGUACUGUUUCCCCUGAUACGGCAAGACGUUUCAACGCAAGGGACGAGGAAGACGGUCCAGGUCGGGGACAAAAUGCUGGACUACAACGAGAAUUUCCGGCUAUACCUAGCAACUAGAAACCCGGACCCCAACAUUCCACCCGACUGUGCCAGCAUUCUUACCACGGUGAACUUCAUCACCACGAAGGCUGGCCUCACAGGCCAGCUAUUGGCACUCACGCUGCAGUCGGAGAAACCCGAGUUGGAGGUGAAACGAAGAGAAUUACUGAAACAAGAAGAAGAGAACAAGAUCAAACUAUCACAGCUGGAAGACAAAUUACUACACGAGCUAGCAAACGCUAAAGGCAACAUUUUGGAGAACAAGGAGCUCUUGGCAUCUUUGACCGAGUCAAAAUCAUCAUCAGCCACCAUCGCAAAAUCGAUCGACGAAGGACAGAAGGUCCAGGAGACCCUGAGCAAAGAGAGAGACGCCUAUCUCCCGCUCGCAGAAAGCGGGUCCUGUCUCUACUUCAUCUUGACAGAUCUAUGCAAACUGAACAAUAUGUAUCAUUUCUCACUUGGCUCGUUCAUGGCGUUGUUCUCACAGGCCUUAAAGAUGAAAAGCGACGGAGUCGAAACAAGCAUGCGAAUCGCUACCCUAAAACGAGCCGCGAUCGAUGCAGUGUUUUCCAAUACCUCUCGCUCCCUUUUCAAGGCGGAUCGUUUGAUGUUCUCCUUGCAUGUCGUCCAUGGGAUGAACCUGAAAAUGUUCCACGAGAACGAGUGGGAGGCGUUCACUGGCCAGCUCCUGUCCGACGUCAAAACCGACCCGGAGACAACGAAGAAGCAAAUGCCAGCAUGGAUCACCGAAGACAGAGCUCUAGCUGUGUCACUUUUGAAAUCAAAUCUUCCUAAAAUGUGGGACGUGCUGAAGCUGGAAGACACUGGAGCGUGGACAGGCUUUGCCACGAGCGCAGAGUGCGAGAAGAACCUACCGUCUCAUCUAAAGGAUAAGCUGACGCCGUUCCAGAAGCUGCUUGUGGUGCAGGCUCUGCGACCCGACCGUUUGCAGACGGCCAUGAUUGAAUUCGCCACCUCCGUUAUGGGCCAUGAUCUGUCCCCGCCUCCGCUGAAUCUGCGAGAACUGCUGAAAGAGACCGUCCCAGGCACGCCGGUGCUCAUUCUCAUCUCCACGGGCGCCGAUCCAUCCGAGGAACUCCGGGAACUCGCCAAGAACACCGUCGGGCUCGACAAGUUCUCUGAGGUCGCGAUGGGCCAGGGACAGGCUGAAAUUGCUUUGAGCAAGUUGAAAUCUUGCAGCGAAUCAGGGCAGUGGCUCUGCCUGAAGAACCUGCAUUUGGUGACCGCCUGGCUUCCUGUGCUGGAGAAGGAACUUCUGAAUUUGACCCCGCACGAUUCGUUCCGGCUGUGGCUUACCGCGGAGCCGCAUGGCAAGUUCACGCCCACUCUGCUGCAGAGCUCCCUGAAGGUAACCUACGAAGCUCCUCCGGGAGUAAAGAAGAACCUGGUGAGAUCUUACACCAUGUGGGGACCCGAGUACAUCGCAUCGGGGGGCGGCAACGCUCAACGCGCUCAAGCCCUCUUUGCUCUAGCCUGGUUCCACGCGGUCGUGCAGGAGCGAAGGAGUUUCAUACCACAAGGAUGGACAAAGUUCUAUGAGUUCAACUUCGCCGAUCUGAAAGCCGGAGCAGACAUAUUGGACCGCCUGGUGGCCAUGGGCACGUUACGUUGGGACUACGUCCACGGCUUGAUGGAGAAUGCCAUCUACGGCGGCCGGGUGGACAACAAGUUCGACCUACGUGUUUUGGUCUCCUACUUGGAGAAUUUCUUCAAUGGCGACGUCAUCUCGGGCACAUCCAAAAGUCACCGACCGCUGGGCCCCGGAAUCAAUCUGCCGACGUCGGCUGACUACAAAGAGUACCUGAAAAUCAUCAAGGGGUUCAGCGAAACUGACAAACCCGUGUACUUUGGUCUGCCCGCGAACAUCGACCGCUCAGCGCAAAGAAUGAUCAGCGCCAACGUCAUCAGCCAACUGAAGGUGCUGAUGCGAUCGCUUCAGGCGACCGAAAAGUUUGACCGCGACAAGUGGCAGAAGGAGCUGUCCCCGGUUCUGAACCUUUGGAAGAAGCUCAACUCAGACGUAAACCUGACGAAGCAGAUAACGCGUCAGUCGCACCAGCGCAUGUCAGUGAGUCAGGCCGAGCCAAUCACGUCCUUUAUCCAGCUGGAACAUUUCAACGCGCUGUGCCUUGCCCAAGAGGUGCACCGUAGUCUGGCCAACGUCAGUAAGGUGAUCCGCGGCACCAUGCUGCUCUCGCCCGAGGUAAAGAAAGUCGCCGACAGCCUUCUGCGGAACGAAACUCCCGGCGCUUGGCAACAGACGUGGGAGGGACCCGAGGACCCCUUCCAGUACUUGCGCUCGCUGGUCAGCCGCACGCUUGCCUGCAAACGCUGGGUGCAGAAGGCCGAGUCGGGCUCGCUGAUCAGCGAGGCGGUCGACCUAUCAGAGCUCUUCCAUCCAGACACGUUCUUGAACGCGCUGCGCCAGCAAACUGCGCGUAUGCACAAAAAGUCCAUGGACGAUCUCGUGUUUGUCUCGUCUUGGGCCAAGAUCGGGGUCGACUCCAAGAUGCAGGUGAAGAUCACGGGGCUGCAGCUGGAGGGCUGUGCGUUCGACGGCAGCCGGCUGACCGAGAGCCGCGCCGACUCGCCCAGCGUGACCGCGGCACCCGUCUGCACGGUGGCCUGGGUGCCACGUGACGCCGCCGCAUCCCAGGUGCACGCCGACGUCAUCAGCAUGCCGCUCUACAUGACGCAAGAGCGCGAGAAAGUGGUGGUGUGCCUGGACGUGCCCUGUUCGGGGGACAGUGGCAAAUGGAUCCAGUCUGGCGCGGCCAUGUUCCUGAAGGACUGAGCGGGCUCUGUUGGUGUGGCGUAGUGAAAUGCGACCAGCUGGCAGCUUGGGAUGGAGGCAGUUGUGUUCCUGCUUGGCCGAGUUGUGCCUCUCGAUGGUGUUUAUCCCACCUGUGGGAGGGAACCAGGGCAGAGUAACCUUGUCAGCGGCUUGGUGUAUAUUAUUGAGGAGUAUGCUUGUGUUCGGACCCUAUCCGGGUCGGCGGAAUCGUGCCCCACGUCGAUGAUGUGGACAGGAGGUCCAGUUUGGCUUGUAUGAUGCUUCGAGACUGGCCUUUGUUGUCCGUAGCUGUGAUGCACUGGAUGUAAUUCCCUGCAAUACCUGUCGGUACUUUGUUUUUAGCGUUAACCUGGGGACAGAGCCAGUGCGUGGCGUCGCACUCCGUUUCUGUUAUGCCAGUUUGCACUCAAAUAUAGGGUAGUUGAGCGCACUGAAGUUAUCAGACUGCGUAGACGCAUGUAUCACGCCCGGCCGUGCUAAGACGUCGCCAUCGAGGGCUGAUGUUGCUUUCGCGGGGUGAUUCCACAGUGUGUCUCAGAAACCAACAGAACAUGUGAUGUCAGUAAAUA